GGGUGUGCGCGCAGCCGCAGUGGAGCCAGCGGACUAGCGAGCUGUCAACCCCUCCGCGGUCUGCGUCUUCACUCUCCUUUCUCACCUGCUUCUAACGGGAUCCUAUUAUUAAGACGGUCCCGCUGGGGGGUUACACUCGACCCGGGACAGACAACAACCUCACUCGGCCUGCUGAGGGACAGCAGCUAGCUAUGUAGCUCGAUGCUAGCCGCGCGUCAGAAGCGACUCCUCCGCGGUUUACCCCGAGAGACGACAUGAUCUCCUGCUGACCAGGUCCAGGUCUCUGAGCGUCCGGGCGCACGGUGUGGUGAUAGUACGGGUCUACGGAAACGACAUAAAGAGUUCGUAUCGUUGUAUUAUACCUGAGGUCAGAGGUCAAGGAACAGACGCGACCGGUUCCGCUGGCGGCGGACGUCCUGGAGAACGGAUGCGAGAGGACAUGUCCACCAUGGUGUGUGUGAAGGAGGACGAGGACCCCUCCGGGGAGGACAGGAUGUGCCAGGAGGAGAUCAUCUCCCGGACGCGGCAGGUGAUCCAGGGCCUGGACGCGCUGAAGCAGGAGCACCACUCCAUCCUGGACGGGGUGCUGGGCACGCUGCGCUGCCUGAAGCAGGAGGAGCAGGCGGUGCUGGUGGAGGAGAAGUCGCUCCUCAUCCGCAAGAGUCUGGACAUGCUGGAGCUGGGGCUGAGCGAGGCGCAGGUGAUGAUGGCCCUGUCCGGCCACCUGAGCUCGGUGGAGUCGGAGAAGCAGAAGCUGCGUGCCCAGGUGCGGCGGCUGGUGCAGGAGAACCAGUGGCUGCGGGACGAGCUGGCCAACACGCAGCAGAAGCUGCAGAAGAGCGAGCAGAGCGUGGCCCAGCUGGAGGAGGAGAAGAAGCACCUGGAGUUCAUGAACCAGCUCAAGAAGUACGACCAGGACCUGUCGCCCUCCGAGGAGAAGGAUGCAGACUCCAGUAAGGAGAGCCUGGAUGAUCUCUUCCCAGAUGAGCAGGACGACCAAAGCCCAGGCAGUAAGUUCUCCUCUUUCAUCUCCUCUCUCCUCUCCUUCUCUUCUCCACUAAGCUCCGGUCUCCUCCUCUCUGUGCCUAUUGUUUCCUCUCCUCUCCUCUCCUCUCCUCUCCUCUCCUCUCCUCUCCUCUCCUCUCCUCUCCUCUCCUCUCCACCCUAGCCCUGGUUCUGAGUC